UUAUUUCAAAAUAGCCAGUGGCAAUUUUUGUUUUAAAUAUCUUGAUUACGAUACAAUGAAAUCUUACCCUUGUGGUCAUUCAUGCGUAGUUACUUAGUACACAGGAAAAGUAUGUACUAUGAAAAUUAGAAGGCAAAUAUAAGCAAUUUGAUUGGACGAGAAGUUGUAAGUAUGUGCUAAUUAUGGAUUAGUUUUAGUGAUGUAAGGACUUUCUUAUCAUGUGGGAAAUAUUUAACAAAAAAUGCGUUAUAAAUAUUAGGUGACACAGCAGUACAAAGAAAUGGUAGGAAUUGUAUAUGUUUCCUGAUUACUGGAGAAAAAAUGCACAACAAAAUCCAGAUGACAAAAAAGAAGGUAUGUGUGAUUGGUGCUGGUGUAGCAGGUCUUGCUGGUAUCAAGAAUUCCCUGGAUGAAGGCAUGGAACCAGUUUGUUUUGAGAAAGACGAUGAAGUUGGCGGGCUUUGGAAUUACAAGGAUGAAUCUAAGGAAGGCGAUCCCAGUAUAUACAACUCUUGUAGUAUUAACACUAGCAAAGAAAUGACGUGUUAUAGCGAUUUUCCAAUUCCAAAAGAAUUUCCAAACUUCAUGGCACACAGACAUUUUAAAAGAUACUUAAAACUGUAUGCCGAACAUUUUAAGCUAAGGAAUUAUAUUAGAUUUAGACAUGUAAUUGUGCGCGUAGAACAAGCGGAAGACUUUGAAGAAAGCGGAAGAUGGGUGGUAACAUACAAAAACAUCGCCACUAAUUCUACAAAGAAAGACACAUUUGACUGUGUAAUGGUUUGUAAUGGACACCUUCACGAACCGUUCAUACCAACUUUUAAAGGACUUUCGAACUUUACAGGGCGCGUUUUGCACACCCAUGACUACAAAGAUUUUCGAGGUUUCGAGGGAAAGAGGGUCCUUGUGAUUGGGAUUGGGAACUCUGCAUCAGAUGUUGCUUCAGAAUUAAGUCGUCAUGCCGAACAUGUUUACAUGAGCACACGAACUGGUACCUAUGUGAUACAAAGGACAACAGACCAUGGUGUUCCCUUUGACCAUAAGGCAAUGACACGCUACGGCUUAACAGUACCAUUUUGGUUGAUGAAACCGUUUGCUUUUAAAAGGCUGAAUAGUCGAUUUGAUCAUACAAAAUACAGCUUGGCACCCAAUGGUAAAUUUGGCCUUAGUGUUGUCACAAUCAGCGAUGACCUGCCAACGCGCAUACUAUAUGGAACAAUUACAGUAAAACCAAACGUGAAAGAAUUCGCAGCGAAUAAUGUUACAUUUGAAGAUGGCACAAUAGCUGACAAUUUAGACGUUGUCAUCUUAGCAACAGGGUUUAAAUUUAGCUUUCCGUUUCUGGAUGACUCAGUUGUAAGAAUAGAGAAUCAUUUCCCUUAUCUUCAUGAAUUAGUUUUCCCGGUAGAUCUGAGUCGGUCAACCUUGGCAAUCAUUGGUCUAGUUCAGCCUUUUGGAGCAUUACCGCCAAUUUUAGAGAUGCAGACAAGAUGGGCUGCGCGAGUGUUCUCUGGAAAUUGUAAACUUCCGCCUGCGUCAGUCAUGAAAUCAAUGGCUACUAAAAAGCACGAAUUUAUGAAAAGGCAUUUUCCGGAGUCUCCAAAGUAUUGUCUACAGAUCCACGCAGUUACGUAUGUCGACAAAAUAGCUGGGUUAAUUGGAUGCAAACCCAAUCUUACGAAAUAUUUCUUCACCUCCCCUAUGUUUUGGUUCAAACUUUUUUUUGGCCCUGCUGCACCUCCUCAAUGGAGGUUAGACGGACCAGGGAAAUGGGAUGGAGCUCGUCAAGCCAUUGAACACGUUGACGAAAAGACGUGGUUUCCAUUAGAAACUAGAAGAGCGGGAGAAGGAACCACGAAAGGACUAUAUGACGGAUGGAUUUGGCUGAUAUCUAGAUCUGUUCUUUUCUCGAGUGUCAUUUUUGGUGUGUAUUGGCUUAAAACACACAAAGACAUAAAUACUGAGAGCAUUCGAUCUCUCCCUGUUCAAGCGAUCUCUCUAUUGAAACAAUGGGCGCCGUAAUACUAGAAACUAAUGAACAUGUCUGGAACAAAAUAUGUCAUUUUAUUUUUAGUGUUGAUAUCUGGGAAUAUUUUCAACGGAUUCAUUCGGUUACUGGAAUUACCUUAUACAAAACCUGCCAUACAUAUACUAGUAUUUAAUGCAAAAAAGUCCGUCUGCAAACAGUUGCUAACUGGAUUUCCUUAUUUACAAACUUCAAGGAUGAAUUAAUACUUCAAAUGAUCAACCUUAUAUUAAAUGUAUUUAAUACAAGAACAUGGUUUGAAUAUUACCUGGUGGGAUAAAAUCAAAAUAUCGCCUCUAGAUAUCCUCUCUCGGAUAAAUAUCCUCCUCCCUUCCAUAAAUAAAGGUCUAUAUAAUAAAAACUUGUAGCUUAGUACCGUUGCCGCUAGUUAUUAGUUUUUUUUCCUUCUGAAACUACUGGACUGGCUUGACUCUAAUUCGAGAUAGGACCGUUUUCUAUGUUAUGUAUAAUCUUUCCGCUUAUGGAUUCAAGGAUUGUUGUCUUUUUAUGUAAUUGAGAGGUUUAUUUUUUAUACUUGAACUUCAAUUUCCGAUACAACUUCCAAGCGUCGUACGAUCAAUGGUCAUAUGAUACCAACCGUCCAGUCACCAGUGCUUCAAUACUGGCGAAAUUAAAUGAUGCAAAUGAACUUCAACUAAUAUGACAACUCGUUCAGCCACAACUGACAUACGGUUUUGGCAGUUCCAAUUCUGUUCUUUUUGUUCAUGAUGCUUGGUUUUUAUCUAUUUGGCAUUCCAAAUUUUAGGUCACCAUUUUACCUGAUAGAAGUGAGUGUUGUGUUCAUAAUCCUCUUGCAAUUGUCCUGUUUGAAAAGGUGUAAUUUAGCGGAUUCUUUUUAAAAGUCUUACUAUUAAAAGACGACUAAUAUGUUAGAAAUAUAAAAUGUCCAUGAAGUUAAUAGGUAUUAUCUUUUACCCUUAGAAGAUUCAACAAAAGUAUGGAAAUAUGGUUACCUUGACUUCUCCCAUCCGGCAGUAAAACUCGUUCAGUUCGUUUGGCUGUGUUGGAUGUGCAAGUACGCAGUCACGUACGGACGGAUUGGGAAGAUUAUUGCGACAUCACGGUCUCUGCUCACACGUAUUUUAUAACCCUUGUAAGACCUCUUUGAAUAGUACGUAGGUGGCCUUUUGCAUAGCAAAAUUACUGUCCCUAUCCAGCAUGAUCUCAUUUACCAGUGGAUAUUCAAAUGGGUGACCCUUAAUCAUAUAUUUACCCCUAUGCAAUGCCUAGCUGCUUACCGAAUUAUGUGUAUUCUUUUGAAUUACACAAAAUGUUACCCAAUGGACGUUAUUUGAUCACUCAACAUAUUUUUUCUAACAGACCCAUAAAACAAACUAUUCUUUCUUACGUUAUACAUUUUUGUUUUAUGACAAUUCAAAUAUAAAUUUAAUUUCAUUUUUACUAAUUAGAAACAAACACGACGUGUGGCAAAUGUUUUACACAUAUUCAGAACAAAAAAUUAAAAAAAGUAAUCAAGUAGGUAGAUUUUGCAUUAUUAGUCGACCGGGUUGAAAGUUUACAAAAGAUUUCCGACUGUUAGUUAAUACAGAAAUACAGACAUAUUCAAUUUCAAGUGGUAAAUCGUCUACAUUUAAUUACAUUUUAUUCAGCCGAAUAUAACGAUACAUGCCGAAAUUGAACAUUUGAUAUUGAUUCUAUAGCACAUAUCUCGUGAAAAAAUUGUGCAGAUUUUGUGAUAAUUAAAUGAUCAUCAUUAAACAGUCGCGGUCAUGCAAGAAUGCAGCCGGCUCUGGCUAUUUUAUAAACUACAUAAUACAAUAUUAAACGCAAAGCCGUUAUCGUUUUCCCAUAAUACUAAAAUAAAUAUUUCAAGUGAUAGUCGAGUUCAAUUUAAAUGGGACACUGAUAAGUAGUGAUCUCAAUAUUAGCCGUGUUACAAUCAGUUACAAAACUGACCAAUAUUCACAUGUAUUAAAUUUAGUACAUACGAACACAAGUACGUGACUUUGUUACUUAGAUCUUAGUUCACAUAGGUGAAGACCUUUAUAUAGAUAUACUAAUAUUAAUAGAAUAGUAGAUAAAAUAUUCAUCAGGUAAUUGCAUUACCUUUAGUUUGAUUAAGGAAUGUUUAUAUGAAAUUAACUCUGUAGUCAGCUUUUCUAAUUGUUAGCAUUGUUGAUCUAAUGAUUUUGAUUGAAGUGAAAUGGCAUGA